CAGUGGGCGUUCUGGCUUUGGUUUAUCAUUUCGUUUGUUUGGGGCGGGCCUAGGCGCUGAAGGUUGAAAAGAAAAAAAAGAAGACUUUGGCAACCAGCAUGGCGGAUGAGGAAACCGAGACAGCUAAGGAAAAGUCCUUUAAGCUGUUGGGAAUUCUCGAUGUUAAAAACACACCCUGUUCCCGCGAGUCUAUUCUAUAUGGAUCUGCUGGUUCUUUGGUGAUUGGACUUGGACAUUUUCUGGCAACAAGUAGAAUCAAGCGCUCGUGUGACUUGGCUGUUGGGGGAUUCAUUGCUACUACCUUGGGUUGCUGGCUGUAUUGUAGAUAUAACAUUGCAAAGCUGAGGCUGCAGCAAAGUCUACUAAAGGAUGCCGUCAAAAACAAGAUCCUUUAUGAAGGCAGCAGCAUGGACCCAAACAUACAAAACCGCAAACAGGACUCAUAGGUGCAGGGCUAAGGACUUUUAAUGUGGUCCUCGGACUCACAGACUGGGUAUAUAGACUCCUUUUGUGAGAAAUGUGAAUGGAAGCCAGUCUUACACCAUCAUUCUGUUGAAUGUCACAGACGUCAAAUACAAUUUCACCUUGUGUAGCAGUGUCUGCCUCUGGCAGUUGUCUUUCUAAAAUACAUUUUUUGUAUUAAGGGUGCUGUCUACCAUUUUGGUUACAAGAGAAUUCUUAACAGCUGUUUAAAGUAAAUCUCACAGUAUUGAAGCAGAUAA